CGACCAUUCCGCCGCAAGCGUUCCCGACUUUGCCGCCGCUGUCCUUCCCAUCGGCCAUGGCGAGUCUCUUCAGACUUGCACGUCGCGCUCUUCAUACAGAAACCGUGACCACCUUGCCGAGCGCAUUCUCCCUUCUCCGCUCACAGCCGUCCAAGUACGUCGUCGCGUCCGUCGCAGGCCGCAAGUAUCUCCUCGCGCCGAGGGACCUCCUCACCGUCCCUCGUCUCAAAGACGUACGCGUCGGCGACAUACUCCAGCUCUCCGAGAUUCACGAAGUCGGCUCGCGUGAGUACACCGUGCGCGGCAACCCCGUCCUCCCACCAGAGAAAGUCAAGGUGGAGGCAACUGUGGUCGAGCACACAAAGGGAAAGAUGGAGAUGAUCUUCAAGAAGAAGAGGAGAAAAGGCUACCAGAGAAGAGUCACACACAAGCAGGAAUAUACACGUCUCAGAAUCGGGCCAAUCGACAUUGUAUUGUAGAUCAGUAGGACAGCUAACAGACAUUCCUCCGAGGCGCCCAUGCUCAGCGCGCGUACGCAUCAAAUCUCGCCCUCCUCAGGAGUCUCUGCACGCGCAGGAGGCUCUUGCUUCGGUGCCUCCUCCACUGAUGCUUCGGGAGGCACGCUGUAUCUUGCUUUCUAUGGCACAUUUUUCAGCACAUCAUCGCGAGACGUGAAAGUAUU